AUGGGUACAGCAGAAGCAACUUUACGCAUGGAUAGCAUGGAAGUCAAGGACGAGUGGCAGGAUGAGGAUUUCCCUAGGCCACUACCAGAAGAUGGAGAUGUUGAUUCUUCAUGUGGCCUCACCGACAUAAGAACCAAUCCCCCCACCUCUCUGAAUGUGGGAGAAUCCCAGUGUAAACGCCGCACACUGAUCGCCCCCGACAUGAACCUGUCACUGGAUCAGAGCGAGGGGUCCGUGCUCUCUGAUGACUUCCUGGAAACGCCCGACGACCUGGACAUCAAUGUGGACGACAUUGAGACUCCUGAUGAGACUGACUCGCUGGAGUUCAUCAACAAUGGCAACGAGCUGGAGUGGGAAGAUGACACUCCUGUUGCCAGCGCUAAACGUCUUCCAGGUGAAAGUGAUGAAGAGAGAGACUCAUCUGGCCGUCUCUGGCGAACAGUGAUCAUCGGUGACCAGGAGCAACGGAUUGACAUGCAGGUCAUCAGGCCGUACCUGAGGGUGGUUACACAUGGAGGUUAUUAUGGUGAAGGUCUAAAUGCCAUCAUCGUGUUUGCAGCCUGCUACCUUCCUGACAGCAGCUGUGAGGACUACACAUACAUCAUGGAGAAUCUCUUCCUGUACGUUGUGAGCAGCCUUGAGCUGCUGGUGGCAGAAGAUUACAUGAUUGUUUACCUGAAUGGAGCAACUCCUCGCAGGAAGAUGCCCGGCAUCAGCUGGCUGAAGAGAUGCUACCAGAUGAUUGAUAGGAAACUGAGGAAGAAUCUCAAGUGUCUCAUCAUUGCUCACCCAACAUGGUUCAUCCGGACAGUCCUUGCCAUCUCAAGACCUUUUAUCAGUGUGAAGUUCAUGGAUAAGAUCCGUUACGUUCACACCCUGGAAGAACUCAGCCAGAUCAUCCCCAUGGAGCAUGUGCAAAUCCCUGAGUGUGUGCUGCAGUAUGAUGACGAGAAGCUAAGAGCACAAAGAGAAAGGCUUGAGCAAGAGCAUCAGCAGACCAACCCGACACAGCCCAAAGAAAGGCCAAAGUCAGUGAUAGCAGAGGUGGGCAGUGACAUCUGACAUUAAGGUAAGGGUUCUCGUUGACUUAAUUGCCCCUUCAUCAGCUUUGCAACCCUGGUUUGUAAUGUCAGCCCACUGUAACUAAUCUCUGACAUAAAUGGAAAUGUUCUCUUCUGCACAUACACACAUGCUUAUGUCUGCAAAGGGACACGAUACAGUAAAUCACUGAAAUGCUGGACGAUGUCCUGUCUGGAGUGUUGGAUCACCAACCAAAGGUCCACAGGGUCACCUCACACUCACCACUCCAAGAACAGUUUACAGUAUAACAUCGAGUCAA